AGGAGGGGACGGGCCGGAGGAGGAGGAGGAAGCGGAGGCGGCCGCGGAUAGCGGGCAAAUGGGGAGCUGAGCGGCUGCAGCAGUACCGCGCAGCAGCAGGAGCAGCAGCAGCAACAGCAGGAGCAGCCGGCGGCGGGUCCGUGCUGGAGGGGCCGUUGCUCCGCAGACGCCGAGCGCCAACAGCAGUCGGGCUGCCCCGGGCCGAUCCGCCCCGCGAGCGGGCGCCCGCCGCCUCUCGGAGAGGCACCAUGCAGACCUUCCUCAAGGGGAAGCGGGUGGGCUACUGGCUGAGCGAGAAGAAGAUCAGGAAGCUCAAUUUCCAGGCCUUCGCCGAGCUGUGCCGGAAAAGAGGAGUAGAAGUAGUACAGCUUGACCUCACCAAACCCAUUGAAGACCAGGGCCCUUUGGAUGUGAUCAUACAUAAACUGACAGAUGUCAUCCUCGAAGCAGACCAGAAUGACAGCCAGUCACUGGAGUUGGUACAGAGGUUCCAGGAGUAUAUUGAUGCUCAUCCAGAAACCAUUAUCCUGGACCCUCUUCCAGCUAUUCGUACGCUUCUGGACCGAUCCAAGUCUUAUGAGCUCAUUCGACAAAUAGAGGGAUACAUGCAAGAUGAGAGGAUCUGUUCACCACCCUUUAUGGAGCUGACAAGUGCCUGUGGAGAAGAUACCUUGCAGCUUAUAGAGAAGAAUGGAUUGGCAUUCCCAUUCAUUUGUAAAACCAGAGUGGCCCAUGGAACCAACUCUCAUGAGAUGGCAAUCAUCUUUAACCAGGAGGGUCUGAAAGCUGUCCGCCCCCCUUGCGUCAUUCAGAGCUUCAUCAACCACAAUGCUGUGCUGUAUAAAGUGUUUGUAGUUGGGGAAUCCUACACAGUGGUGAAAAGACCAUCUCUGAAGAACUUCUCUGCUGGAAUCUCAGACAGAGAAUCGAUAUUUUUCAACAGCCACAAUGUCUCAAAGCCAGAAUCAUCAUCUGUCUUAACAGCGCUGGAUAAAAUCGAAGGAGUAUUUGAGCGGCCAGAUGAUGAUGUCAUCCAGGAAAUUUCUAAGGCUCUGCGGCAAGCCCUGGGAGUUUCCCUCUUUGGAAUCGAUAUUAUCAUUAACAAUCAGACCGGGCAGCAUGCAGUCAUUGAUAUAAAUGCAUUCCCAGGUUACGAGGGCGUUUCUGAGUUUUUCACAGAUCUCCUGAACCACAUAGCCACUGUCCUGCAGGGUCAGGCACCUGAGGUGACCCAGCUAAACUGCAGCAAGCUCCUGGCUGAGCAGACCGGCGGGAUCAUGGACGAGCGGAUAUGCUGUGCGAGCACGGGCUGUCUCAGCGUCAUGGGAAAAGACUCCUGGAUCGUGGAAAGCGAGACCAACAGCUCAGUAAAACUGCAACACCAGAGACUAGGCUGCAACUCAGCAGUGUCCCCCAGCUUCCAGCAGCACUGCGUCGCCACGUUGGCCACAAAAGCUUCCUCCCAGUAACUUGCCAAUGCCAUGGACUGAGGAAAAGCCGCAGGGAUACAAAUUGUGGUCCCAGAACCAGAUCAGGCUGUAAUAGUACAAUUGCAAAAAAAAAAAAAAAAAAAAAAAAAAAAAAAAAAAAAANAAAAAAAAGAAAAAACACAAUACAAAAAAAAAAAGCAGAAUAACAAUUAAAAAAACACCUUCCAUUUGAUUUAACCUGAUUUGCUGAUGAAGUGGUCUGAAAAGAGGAGGGUGAGAAAGUGAUUCAGAUGCAUUUCAUCAGAUUCCAAUUGCAAAUCUAUAGUGAGUUUACACACACACGCGUGGGAUUUAACACUAGACCUUUCAUUGUGGGAGGGUUGCUCUUUUGUUUCUAUUGUUCUUUGUAAUCACUGGUGACCAGCAUUUUAAAAUCGGACCUCAUGGUAUCAAGGAGAUAAUAAUGUUGAAAUGGAAUGUAUGAAUGUAACAGUGCUAGAGAUUUUUGCCUAAAAUACUCCCGUUCCUUUUGCCAGGUAGGCCAUUGCAAAAGAAAGCUCAGACAACUUCAGUAUCGCUAAACCAAAUCUCUUGCAGCGUUGUCAGGGUGUUGACAGGGAGCUUGCUGUGAGCCACAGCACUUUGAUGGGACCGAGCAUGCCGGUUGUUAAGGGCUCAGUACCUAGCAGCCGCCCCAGUUCCUGCUUCACAGCUUUACCCCAGGCCUCCUUGCUUUAGUCACCAGCAGCUUCUGGCUACGCUUACCAGCAGUGACGUGUGUCUGAUCUAAGCAGACUGGAGGCUGAAAAAGGAGUGCAGGUAUUUAAGUUGAGUGAUUUAGUUGAUGAAAUAACAUUCUUUCCAUCAUCUUCUAGAAGAGCAGCUCAUCUCUAAGCAAAGAGUUUAAUUCUCCCUACAUUACACUUGUGAGGAUUCUGGGACAGCUCUGCCAAAAGGCUGCCACCCAGAGCCACGCGUUCUCUUUACAGCAAUACACCUGGUCUGAGUGUAACACAGUUGCUGCCUUCUGCAGAUCCACAGUGCUGCACUUUUUUUUUUCUUAUAAGCAGAAUGAGUACCUUUGUGUGACAGUAGUUUGAGGCAGUUCUAUCUAGUGUACUGUGCUCCAGGCUGCCAGGUGAGGCUGUCAGAUGGGGCUGUGUGGUAAUUUACGGUGGUGCUUCAUACUAUUUGUAGGCGAUAGCACAGCCACAUUCUGUCUCUUGAGAUGUGCAGUAAACCUACAGCGUUCACCUGCUAUUGCAUCUUCUAGCAUGGCAGCAUCUUCUGCUGUUGAGCAUUCCUGCAGCUUUUGCCAAUUCCGAACACUAAACUGGAAGUACCCAACUCUAUCAGUGCUGAGAACGUGGACACUAUUUCAGUGGACUGGGUCUUCUCUUUCCCAUAUAAGCCCUAAAAUACAUUUAAGAGGGGUGGUGGUAAGAAAAUGUCCUAGCUUGCAGGUACGGUACUACUUUCUGUAGUGGGUAUUUGUAAAGCACCCAUCACUGCAGCAUUUAAUACCAGUUUGUUAGUAUCCUGUAUUAGAUCAGAAGGAAAUGCAAUACCACUCAGAAGGAAAUGAUCUAGAGUUUAAAGCGUGGGCAGACCACAGAGAGAGCAGUAAACUGUGUAGAAAGUGUCACCAUCCUAACCUGAUGGUACCGGUCCUGGAGGGGAAGGCAUUCUGAAGAGCAUUGUGUAGCAGUUAUUUUAUGCAAGCUCGUUUUUCUCUGGGAGAGAUUGGGUUUGUUCCCCAAGUGCCAUCGUAGGGAAAUUUCUGUGGCUGGGAUUGCAUUUCUGAGGACAGACUAUACACGAGAGGGGAGGACCUCGUGAAUGUGUUAUCUGUGGAAUUCCAGGGUGCACAUAAAUACAACCAACUUCCUAUUCUGUUGCAGACCAACCCCGAGCUGGGCUCUCUUCACAAUCCCUGUAUGCUUUGAGGCUGCUGAACCCCACAUUGAGUGCAGCUUGCAGGUCUGGGUCGUAGUGGUGUGAGUGAGUCAGAUGUACAUACGUGUGGGUUUAUACGAGUAUUCAUGAUAGACCAAACCUUUCAUAAAGCCGUGACUGAAAUAAAAUGGACAUCUACAGUUCGGAGUUUGUUUUUGUUUGUUGAAAAUAAAAAGUGUUUUUAUGUUACAUGUGUAACAAAAGAUACCCUCAGGAAGGAAUUUGCCAGUGCUUAUUUUUGUAUGGUACUUUCUUGCAACCAGGUGGUGGAGUGUUUGUAGACUUGCCUUUUUGCUCCCUUUAUUAUGGCUUGGGGUUGUUUUGUUUUGAUUUGUUUUGUUUUUAAUUUGGUGGUGGGGAAGAAGCAAUGAUGUUAAAACUGGGUUAGUAACACAAGACCUUUCAACCUAAGUAUGUUUACAUGAAUCUGAGUGUCAGAUCCAAUUGAAAUGUCUGUAUGCUGUUUCCUAGUUAGAACAUCAAAUGAGAAUUUUAUUUUCCUGGCUGCCUUCUGAAUUUUGGUUGGCCUAUUUUGCACUGCUUUGUUUCUCCAAAAUAAACUACUGAAAUAUAAUUGUGCAUUUUAAACUUGUUUACAAAUGAUUGUUAAAAGUUUAUUUUGUAAUUCUCUGAAGGCUUACAGAAAUGCUAUAUUUAAAUAUUACUCCAGACCUUGGCUGUAACUAGAGAAGUUUAGGUCAUAGGUGUGAUCAGUGACAUUUUUCCCAUAGUCUGUAAUUUAUUUCUUAUUUAUCAAAUGUAUCUGUAUCAUUUUAAUUUACCAGGUGCAGAUAUGCAAGUACCUGCUGUGAUGUGGCAUUACAAUAGAGUUUUCUCAUAAAUUACCAUGCAAUUGCUGUACUGCUAUAUUUCCUUGCAGAAAUUAUUGUUGUGGCUCGUAUAUUAGAAUGUUGCCCAGUCACAUGGGCAAAUCAGGAGACCAGCUUUUAAAAGCCAAAACCGUAAAUUACCAAGUGUCCAGACAUACAGCUACAUUACUGCAAAACAUUCGAGCACAUGUAUGUUAUUGAGCCUGUGCUAAAGUGCUUUUCUGAAUUGCUGCCUCAUUUGAUAAGUUUAGGAUAGCUUUGAUUUCUGAUAAGCUUCACAGUAAUUUAGUUCAUGUUCCGUAGUCUUUUCCAUUUUUUUUUUUAAGUAAGGAAAUGUAGUAAUAUUAGACCGUACCGUAAUACCCUUGCUCUUAAAAUUGCAGACAAUCUGAGGGAGAUUUUCCAUGACAUCUGUUUGAAUUCUGUUACUGUGGGCUAGAAAAGGUUCUGCUGUGUUUUCAGAGGCAUAGCUAUUGCUGCUGUGUUGACUGGAGCAGUUAAGUUAAAAUGAUGUGGUCACCAGUUAGCUUCUUACAGAUCUGCUUCUGUUCUGCUUCACUGUUACCAGCCCACAAGAGCACCGUUAGCGUGGCUGGAAUGUCUCCAGGUUUUCUGUCAGCAUGAGGGAGGAGAUUUGACUGUAAUUUCCACUGCAAUUAUGUAGUUGACUUCAGUAGAUGAAGAUCAUCCCCUGUUGAAGAGAACUUGAAUGGUAUUAUUAGCCUGUCAUGCAAAACCAUCACCAUCAUCCUCUCCCUCUAUCUGACAUUGCCAUAUUACGUUGGGUUCGCUGUGACUGUAUCGAGACAUUUGGGUCCCAUGGAAAACCCAGUGCAGAAGUGCAGCAUGACCACGCGUGCCGGCACUGACACACUUAGCCUGCGACUGUGCUGCCUUUGGUAACCACGUGUCUGGCUCUUCCAGACCUAUUCACACUAUUGGAAUGAGAAAUUUGCUUUGAGAUCCCCAUUUGGAACGUGUCAGUGUUUGUACAGAGGAGUCCACAACAGCUUUGUCAGGUGAGAACCAUCGGCUUCAUUUGCCGUCCUCAUAGACAGAUACAAACCAAGAGCCUCACCCCGGGGCCCCAGGAGAGGAGGGAAGUAAGGAGGAUUGCCCAAGCUGAGGGCUGAUGUUCCCCAGCCAGCUGUGGGCUGUGCCUGGUCAGGGAGCGAUUGCAUGGAGCAGUGCACGGAUCAGAGCGGCAGGGCACAGCCCAAGGGCAACAGUAUGCAGGUGACCAGAGGUGCUUGAAUUGACUGACCAAAAAAAAGAGCAAAACAAAAUAAAACGGAAACUCAUGUUUCCAUCCAACAAAAAGAAAUUCCAGGCUUAGCAGCUCUCAAGCUAAUGUGGGUUUCCCAAAGUCUUGGUGUGGCAGCAGUGACCAUGGGUCAGGCUUUUCCACACUCAUUUGCAGCCUUACCUUCCAGUGCGGUGCAGAAAAUCAUAGGUUUUGGUUUGUUAGCAGACAGAGUCUAUUUUGAGUUUGUAGCAGUCUCCCCAUGUGCACACUGCAGGAGUUCACUUGCAUUACUCCGCUAAUUUUCAUUUCCUCCCUCCUUCUGGUCAGAGAUGUAUUGAUUUUUGUAUUCAGUAUACAAUUACUUUAUGGUGUUUCAACUGUGUGUUUCUUAAUAGCAGGAUGUGAAAAUGCUUUGUGUAGAUUAAAAUAUUUCCUUUAAUAUAAUCUCCUCUCGCUUUCAUGUUUGACACACGCAUUGCUGAUUUUAUUUGUAAUACUGCUUUAAUACCUAUUUCAGAGGAAUGUAACCUCCAGAAAAGUACUUUCCACAUCUUCACUACCUUUCCUUUCCCUAUUCACUCUGUGUGGACCCGAGCCAUUGAAAGUUGAGCUUUUGACAGCGUGGGUUCCACGUCCUCUGUGGAUUCUGUCAUGUUUACAUGGCCACACUAUUUGCUAAAGUCUUUUGAAGUUUGAGAGGAUCGGGGUGCAGAUGAAGGUGUUAGAGUGAUCAUUCCUCAGCAACACAAGUACAACAGCAUCCGUAGCAAGCAAAGGCUCCAAGGUGUUUUUGCUGUGUGUACAGGGGACUGUUGGGGUCUGGUCCAUCCCUGCUGGCGGUGCAGUUUCCCUGUGGAAGAAAAAAGUCACUGUAAGAAAAUGUACUCUGUGAUGAAGAAGAGGGGUGAGAAGAGGUAGGUGGGGAUUGGGGAUAAAGUCCCGACCAGGGGACACUGUGAUACCAAUGGGCCAGGAGUUUGCUCCAUUAUUUUUUAUAGCAAUCUGGGGAGAUGUUUUUUCUCCUCCUUUCUCACCCCGAAUCCACUGGGGCUGAUGCCAGCAGUUGCCCAUGGGCCAUAAGUUCAGUAGACAGUGGCCUUGUCCAAUGUGCCUGGAGUUUUCAGAGGGCUCCUGAGUGUUAUGAAGCUCUGAUUGAUGGCUUGGAAGUCUCUUGAAACUCUAGAAAUAGCUGGAACAGUGAAUGGAGUUUGUGAAAUUCAGGUCUUCCUCUUCCAUCCUUUUUAAAGAAACCCACUUUUUAUUUCCUCCUUCAUUCUUUACACAGUAGUUUUCAGAUAUAAAUUAUUUUAACAUUUUUUGUGUGAAAAGUCAUAUAUACUUAUAUAAAGUUAUUAAAAGGUUGAGUAUAUGUUGAGUAUAAAAUAGUGACUUCUUUGUUUCAGAUGUUAGCAACCCCUAAGAAUGAGUUGUUUAUCCUCUUGUAAAGUCAGUGCUGUAAAAUAAAUGAAUAAAUAAAAGCUGUAUUAGAUGUAUCUUUUAUUAUUUAUUUCUCAUCAGUAUGUGACAUGGCUUGUGUAUACCUUUGUCAGAACCACAUACUAAAAUGCAGUCAUUCUUUAAAUCCAGUAACAGUAGUUCCUUGGGAUCCCAACAGUUCUGAGACAAGUGGCCCUUCACAUAUGGAUCAUGUUGGAUAUUCUCCUUCACUUGCCAGCUGUGCUCCCCACUUAAGCAUGGCUGAGGCCUGGGGUCCAUUCCUCAUCUGUGUCAGGUUUCACAAGUUCAUCAGUAUCUGUGUUCAGAUCCGGCUGUGCAGUGUUGCCAAGUGCGUCUUGUGAUUUGCUUCAGCCCUCUUCUCUAUGAUUUCUGAAACGUAAUUCCCAUUUUGUACUUAAAUUUGUCUAGAAUGAUUUUAAAAAACCUUAAAAAAUCAUGGUUUACUGUAAAAAAUAGAAGUAUUUGCUAUUUGGCAUCUUACUUCAGUUGCAUGACUGAUCAGAUCUGACAAUGGAGAUGGGUGCUGUCAUCUAACAGCAAUGGUUUCAAUGGUAAUAUAUUGUGUUUUUUUUCUGUUGCCAAGCACCUGCGAUGGACAAUGUUUUGGUUUCAACAGUAAAGCAAUAUGCAGUAGGUAUUGUGGCAUUCUCUCUGUACUUGUUUUGAAGACAGAACUGUCCCUUUCCAACACAUAAUGAAAAUAAAUGCCUUAUAACAAA